GUAAAUAUCGAUAAGCUCAACUUGCAUUGGUUAUCCACAUUGGUGUUUCAACAAAAUAUACAAAAAUAUAUUAGAAAACAUACUAGCAAUGAGUGCUCGAAGCUUGCGACAGCGUCCACAACGUAAGGAAACCAUAGAUGAUAACAGCAGUACGGAAGCAGAAAGAUCCAAGAGGAAAGUCAAGAAGAAAACUUGCUAUAAUGGCAAAAACAGCGCAUAUGAUGAAUAUGGAAACAUAAGAUCCAAUGGCUUAGAUGUUUGCGAUUGUAUGAACGAGCAAUGUAGUGGCUGUUGGUACGAGUGCCGCAAUUGUGGGUCAACCAGAUGCGGUCCACAGUGUCGCGUCAAUCGCAAGUUCUUCUAUGAAAAUAUUGUGUAUGACGGCAAAGACCUCACAAUAUCGAACAAAUACUGUUCUGGAAAAAUGUAAUUGUAAACUAAUGAUUGAACUCAUACCAUAAGCUGAUAAUGUAUAAGUUAAAUGA